AACGGAUUUUAACGGAUUUAUUUUUCCUUUACACUCCAUAUACACCUGUGUGCUUAUGGAUAAUUCUCUUACCUGAGAUGUCAACAGAGAUAUCUACAUAGAUUUACACAUGAGAGAUUUGCAAGAGCCUGCGAAUUCAACUCCGUGAUGGACGUGAGACCAAAAUAAAUGCUGACAAAGCGCUGAAAUGAGAGCGGACCACUCUACCCGACACUAAUGGAUAAAGAACUGCGCAGAGCACGGUGCAGCGUGAGCGACGCUUUCUCUCAGAUGGAGCCCUGACACGGAAAGACGCUCAAUGGAGGACCGGGACCGCAGCCGCUCUCCGUCACGCAGGACCAGCAAAGUGGAGCAGGUGGUGGGACGCUGGCUUCGACGUUCCAGAGAGUCCACUAGCAGAGAGCGCGUGUUGGACGAUGACGGACGAGGAGCCGACGCCAGUCCUCAGGACCAGAGAAGCGGUCCACUCAGAGUGACCGUUCAGAUCCCGCUGGAUCCCGAGCUCAAGUCCCACGGCUUCACCGUGUCCUCACACACUCCGGCACUGGUGGACGAGGUCGUCCCGGGUGGUCCUGCAGACGGCAAACUUUUCCCCGGCGAUCAGCUGGUGAAAAUCAACAACAUCGCCGUCGACGAUCUGUCCGCGCGGCAAGCGUCUGACGUCAUCAAAGAGUCCCAGGACACCAUCACAAUGACGGUCCUCAGAGUAGCAGUGGGGCCGAAGUCGUCCUUCAUAACCCCAGAGAAGAGGGCUAAGCUAAAAUCCAACCCGGUUAAGGUGCGCUUCGCAGAGGAAGUGGUCGUUAACGGCCACUCGCAGGGCAAUUCCCUUCUUUUCCUGCCCAACGUCCUGAAGGUCUAUUUAGAGAAUGGUCAGACCAAAGCCUUUAAAUUCGAGCCCAAGACCACCGUAAAGGACAUUGUGAUGACUCUGAAACAGAAGCUGUCCAUAUCCCGCAUCGAGCACUUCUCACUGGUGCUCGAGCAGCAGUACAGCAUCUCUAAACUCUUUCUGCUGCAUGAGGAUGAGCUGAUUCAAGACGUGGUCCAGAAGAGAGAGACUCACGACUACCGGUGUCUGUUUCGGGUCUGCUUCAUGCCCAGAUUUCCACAGGAGCUGCUGGAGGGCGACCCCGUAGCCUUUGAGUAUCUCUACCAACAGAGUGUGAGCGAUGUCCUGCAGGAGAGGUUCGCUGUGGAGAUGAAAUGCAACACGGCACUCAGACUGGCAGCUCUGCACAUACAGGAGAGACUCGCCAGCACCGGCCAGUCUCAUAAAACCCCACUAAAGACCGUCAUUAAGGACUGGGGACUGGAAAGCUUUGUCUCCAGCACCCUGCUGAGGAACAUGAGGGAGAAGGACUUGAGAAAAGCCGUCAAUUUACACUUGAAGAAGAUUGUCUUACAGGAAUAUAAGCAUAAGGCAAUGACGGUAAACCAGGCGAGGCUUAACUACCUAAGCGAGAUGACUGAACUCAAAUCUUUCGGAGGAAGGUCCUUCAGCGCCACCCUGAUGCUGCAAGACAGGGAGUCUACGGUGAGCUUGUUGGUGGGGGCGCAGUAUGGGGUGAGUCAGGUGAUCAACCACAAGCUGAGCAUCAUGAACACGCUGACGGAUUUCGGGAGCAUCACCAGGGUGGAGCUCUUACCGGAGUCGGAGCGUGUUAGCCUGGUCAAGAUCUACAUGCAGGAUAUAAAGUCCUUAACUUUGCUAUUGGAGGUGGUGCCAGCUAAGGAUUUAUCAUGUCUGGUAGCUGGUUAUUGCAAAGUGUUCAUAGAUCCUCAAAUCUCCGUGUUUCCCUGGACAGUCGAAUCAAAGAGCCACCGUAUAUCUGCAGAAGAAGGUUACGUAUCGAGAUGCUGCAGCGACUCUGAAGACUCAGAGGUGGAUGCUCUGCUUGCUCGUGCCAGAAGUCCUACCCAGACUGAUUCAGACAUCCACUCGGUUAACGGUCAAGCUGCAAGAAAAGAGGAAGAAAAAGCCAAUGCAGAAGAACAGGAAGAUGUGGAAGACAAGAGCGAAAAAGAAAGCGUGGAGAACGGGACUGGAGAAACAAAGAAAGUAAGACAAGAAGAGCAGGCUGAAUCUGUGCCUGCAAAUGAAGGGGACACAGCAGAAGAAAACGACAUGGUGGAAACUAAUAAGAGUGAAGAAGAGGCCAAGGAGGAGCCACCGUGUGUGAUCAUUGUGGAGGACCCUCCUUCGGAGACGUCGGAUUCGGUUCAGACCGACUCGCGCUUCGUAACCAGCAUGUCCAGCGACUCCAUGGACGCUUUAGAGGAGGAUGACUUUUUGACCUAUUUCACCACCAACUCUGUCAGCCAGCUGAACGGUAGAGACCAUUACCUCCGUGUUGACACUCUGUCACCGUGUCCGAAUCAACUGGAUCUCCAAGAUGGCGAUUUCGAUGAUGAACUGUGUUGCGUUGAUUUCCCUGGCAGCGAGGAAGAUUUAAUUAUUCACGCCGCCCUGUCUAGCAUCGCAGACUGUCUACCUAGUCCCACCGAGGCAAGUGAGGAAGAAUAUUCAGAACACGAUGAAGAUGAACAAGAGGCACCAGAGGAUGUUUUCGAAAGCAUCGAAGCUCCACACGGAGAGUGUGUUUUUACAUUUAACCAAGGCGAUCCACAACGUUACUACAACAUCUGCACAAAUGUGACGCCCGACAGUGGUCACGUCCACGCUUCUCUUCAUCACACUCAGGACGAAAUGAGAGAAGAGACGGAGAGAGGGAUGGAAUCUAUACCUAUCCUUUUGCCUCCUCCAGGUUUUGGUGACAGCAGCACUGAUGAUGAGUGCUUUGACGCCCAGGAGGGAUUAAUUCCUGAGGAACCUUUGUCAGCGCCAAUGAUUAAAGAACGUUCUAGAGGUUUGAGUGCCACAAAGCGUACUUUGAGCCUAAGCAACAACAGCGGAAUCAGCGCCUGCGAACGAAAGAAGCGAGAAGGAGAAGGCAAAAAGAGAGAGAGAAAAGAUAAAGACAAACUAAAGACGGAGACGAAAAAUGAAGUUCCAAGGUUUCGCAAAAGAAUCAGAAAGCGCCGUUCCUUUAUGGAAACGGAGUACACGUCAUUAGUGUCAUUUCCUGGAAAAGACAGAACAAAAAAUAACAACCAUUGGUCGAGACCCUGCCAUCCUGGUGAGGGGUCAAAUCAAAGCUCCUGCCCCACGGUCUCAUCUCUAACAAAUGCUGAAGGUGAACCAGCACAGAUGGAAUCAAAACCCAUCGCCCCAUCGAAACCAAGUGAGUCUGAAACUCUGGAAUUCCUGCAUCGUAACAAAAUGAAUAAGGCAACUCAGCGGAAACAGCAGGUUAUACUAAUGGAACCAGACACCAUGGAGUUUAAGUCUGUCACUGAAAUCAUGUCUACUUCCUCUCCUGGUAUUGUGGCAGUCCGCACAUCGACGGAGCCCAAAGUAAGAAGCUAUGCCAUGAGCAUUACCGAUGGACUCGAAGAAGCAGGAGCAGUAGGAGGUUUGGAUGAAAGGUUGUUUGACGGUCACUUGUUUUUUGCCACUCCUGUCAGGGAUUGCGUUGAUGGUAAUGCUUUACCUGUAAAAAUACCUGACAAAGAAUCCCUGAUAGAACAGCCACCUGAAAAACCUUUGGACAGGAAAAAGAGCUGCUCGCUUCCACAACUAGACCAAACAGGCUUGUUUUCUUCAAAAGUCCCAACCACAUCCUUGAACCAAAACCCAUGCACCGACAGCCUUGAUGUUGAAAGUCUGGAAAAGAACAUUAAAAAAUGUUCAAUUGAGAGAAGAAGGAGUCUUAGCGUGUCUGCUACAUGUCGUAGCAGUCGCAAGGCAAGUGGUUUAACAAGCCACCUUUAUCCUCAGAUGGAGCCUACCAUCUUAACAAAAGAACCACGAUCUGAUGAUGGUUCUGGCAAUCCAUUCACCCAGGAACUAUCCUUCACUGUUUCUCCUGAGCGGCUUACACAGGGAUGUGUUUUCCCUCAGUGUUCUUCUGGUCCCCACUCUGCUUCAGCACUGCGUGCAAAGGUCCAGAACUUGCCCCUGUACCUGUCUCGUUCCCAUGAGGUGCUAACCAAUUUCGGUAGUCUUGUAGGGAAUGACAAAACAGAACGGAGAUUUUCUGAAAAUAUGGCCACGGCUGAUAGAAAGUCUAAAGAGGCCAUGAAGGCGGUUGAAAAGUUUAGGGAAAUUGUUUGCAAUAAUUACACGGAAAGAGUGCGGAAAGCCGAACCUGAAAAAUCUUCAAGCCCGAAAUCUCUUGUGGUUACUACGCAAAUCAUUAAGCCAACCGACACCCAGCCACAAGCCCUGUCUAGCCCAGAUCUUCAGGCAAAGCCUGACAUCACGUGCAGCUCAGUGCUUUCCUCAGUGUGUGAGACAGUCAUCGAGAGUGCUGAAACACCCAUGGAGGUUUGCGGCUGCCAAUCAGCCUACACCAACUGCUUCAGCUCUGUCUUGGGCAAUGGGAGUUUUGACGACGAGCUGACCAUCUAUGAAUUCUCCUGCAGGACACAGCAAAACAUGCAUGACCGGAUUGGCUUGGUGACAUCAUCUAUCCCUCCUUCAUCCCUCUCUGGUUCGUCUUCUUCUUUUUCACCAUCCUCACCCCUGCCGGCUUUCUCUCGUGUAAUCCUGCCACUUUCUUCGUCCUCAGAACUCGGCCCCCUCCUGUCUCCCCUGGACACCCCCGACUGCUUCCUCUCUGACCCGCACGUAGACGCUAUUACCGCCUUACUGUCCCAGCAUUACCCCUUACCCCCAACAGGCUUCCUGGCUCUGCAGAGGGACGUUGACACACUUUUAACCAUCCUUGAAGGUGCUAUGAAGGACCAAGAUUGCACCCAAAGGCAUCCCAGAGACACUUGCGCAGACCACUUUUCUGAAAACAAGCGCAGGCUACACGUGGAGUCGCGAGGCUUCCUGGCUGGCUGUCAGCGGGUCGUGAAAGCCGGGCAGACCCCAGCAGAGACGCUGCAAGCUCUGGCCGACAGUUUCCACUCGCUGGUUCAGCUGACAGCCGUAUGCCUGAGUUUCUCGAGCUGCCAGAGGUGCCAGGAGCGCAACUCUCAGACCUUGUCAGGACUCGUAGACGUCACGCAGACAUAUCAGGAGUUCGCACGGGCCGCAGAGCGCUUGGGCAUGGCUACGGAAAGAAGGACUUGCCAAGAGCUCAGCAUUAAACUCCUGGCCCGCCAGUGUACCGCCCUCACAACCUCAGUCUUCUGCCUAACCCAGUUAUUCCGGACCCUCACCGCCCUAUGACCCUGCAGACGUCGGACUAUAGUGUAAUUCUGCCAAAUAUGAGCUAUGUAAAGCAUUUAAAAGAGAAACUACAUGAAAGUAACUAUGGUGUCCAAAGAGGCUGACCCUUUAGUGAUAAGCACACACAUACACAC